AUCGUUUUCCCUCCGGUCGACGGACGCGGUUUACUCUCGUGCACCAACUCAUCGUCAUCCAGAAAACAGAAGACGCACAGACGCAAACAGCAGAAAGAGGAGUAAAGAGAAAUUAGGGGUUAAAGAUUUUGAAAUAAUUUUGGAAUGGAAUUGGAGACGGCGAGCAAUGGCGGGAUGUUGUACCAUGAGGUACAAGAAUCUAAGCUCUGCGCCGUGCAUUGCGUGAACACUGUGUUGCAGGGUCCAUUUUUCUCAGAGUUCGAUUUGGCGGCGCUCGCAUCUGAUCUUGAUUGCAGGGAGCGUCAGAUGAUGCUUCAAGGUGCGGGAACCGGCGAUUUCAUUCCAGAGGAGUCUCACAAUGUCUCACUAGACGGAGAUUUCAGCAUCCAGGUUUUGGAAAAGGCUUUGGAGGUGUGGGAUUUGCAAGUAAUUCCACUGGACAGCCCAGUGGCAGAGCAUGCUCAAAUUGACCCAGAACUCGAAAAUGCAUUUAUCUGUCAUUUGCAAGACCAUUGGUUCUGCAUCCGGAAAGUGAACGGAGAGUGGUAUAACUUUGAUAGUCUGUACGCAGCCCCAGAACACCUCUCCAAGUUUUACCUUUCAGCUUACCUCGAUUCUUUGAAAGGCUUUGGGUGGAGCAUCUUUUUGGUCAGGGGAAAUUUCCCCAAGGACUGUCCAAUCACUUCCUCUGAAGCAUCUAAUGGCUAUGGACAGUGGCUCACGCCUGAAGAUGCCGAGAGGAUUACAAAGUCUUGCAGCUCAGGUAGCGGCGGCAGAGGGAGGCAGCCCAGAUAUCUCCACCAGUCCAGCAAGGAGCGAGAAGACGAAGAUUUGAAAGCCGCAAUAGCCGCAAGCUUGAUUGAUUCUUCCCCUGUUGCUGCACCCAAAACUUUAUCUAGCGCCAGCACCCCUGAAGAAGAACAAACUGAUGGUAGCAAAGGAGAGAGUUCUUGAAAUCAAGUCCUCACUUCCAGACUGAGUAUUUUACACAAAAUAUAUAAAAAGAGGGUAUAGUUUUUUCAUUGAGAACAUGAAACAUGGUUGUAUGACAUAAAUCUCCAUUAUGCUGUUUUUUUUCAUCAUCAUCAUCCAGGCAUGGGACUGUAAAAUAGUUACUUGAAUUUACUGGAAAGGAAAAUAAACAUUGGCAUUUUAU